AUGGUGUUCACGUUCCCGUGUUUCCGCCUUAAUUUAAUGCAGCCGCAGACGAAGAAUGAAGAGAACGAGAAGUGGUUGCGAGAUCCUCGGGAUGGGGCCGUCAUCAUCGCCCAGCACUCGGCGAGGCUCCAGGGGCAGGUGGCGCCCCGAGCCGUGCCUGAGGGCAUCGGUAGUUUCGGUUCGGCCAUCGACAUGGGUACCAGUUACUUCGACAUCAGCUUCAAGCCCACAGAGGAAGUCACCCACUACACCGUCUGGCCUCAGAUGCUUGCGUGCCUCUCUGCCAUCUCAUACCACUUCCCAGUCGGCGCCGUUGUAGCUUUCUCUGCAAUCCUGAUCCCUCAACUUGAAGCGGCCGACUCGGAUUUCAAAGUAACUAAGACGGAUACGUCUUGGAUAGCAAGUUUGGUGGUGUUGGUGGUACCAGUGGGGGCCCUCAUAACAGGUUACUUGGUGGACAGGAUUGGGCGGCUGAACACCAUCAAGGUGGGAGCGAUACCAUUUGUCAUCGGCUGGGUCUUGAUAGCCACCUCGCAGAAUCUCACGAUGCUGUUGGUCGGCAGAUGUCUCACAGGAUCAGCUCUCGCCAUGGGUCCAAGUCCUGCUGUUGUCUACGUCACAGAAGUGGCCAGAGCUGAUCUCCGAGGAGCUCUCAUCUGCAUGGGACCUACCCUGACCUCUUUUGGUAUGGUGAUCAUCUACACGAUGGGAGCGUUCUUACACUGGCGCACGGUGGCGUGGUUGUCCAUAGCAUUCUGUAUAUGUCCCUUGCUGUUCAUGACUCUCUGGUCGCCAGAGAGCCCGGUCUGGCUCAUCUCCAAGGGCAGGACCAAGGAUGCCCUUAAGUCCCUCACCUACCUCUCUCGCAGAGACAAAAAGUUUCCUGUACUCUUAUCACAUUCACAUACUUGGCAUACAAUAAUAAACAUUAUCACAAUUAUUGUGUUUGUUCCAGCAAGUGUCAUAGCUCUAGCAGUUCCAUUAGGAGCAGUGUUCACAGGAUUUAUAAUAGACAGGAUUGGCAGAACCAACACUAUCAGGCUAGCUGCCCUUCCCUACAUCUCAGGAUGGAUCUGCAUUGCUACUGCUCAUAACUUCACCUUCCUCAUCAUCGGCCGAUUUCUAACUGGCAUCGCCUCCGCGAUGGGGACCAGUCCAGCCAUUGUCUACACCACAGAAGUGGCCAGAGCAGACCUACGUGGAACCCUCCUCUGCUUGGGUCCCGCCUUAGCGUCCUUGGGAUUGGUUGUCGUUUAUACAAUGGGAGCUUUUCUUCCUUGGAGGACCAUUUCCUGGAUAUCCAUAAUGUACUGUAUCCUUCCUCUCCUGAUGAUGUCAAUGUGGUCUCCAGAGAGUCCUGUAUGGCUAGUAUCCAAGGGAAAAACUGAUAUGGCACUCAAGUCGCUCACGUACCUGCACAAUAAAGAUGAAAAGGAAGGAAUGGCAGAGCUAGAGUUGGCAGAGAUGGUGAAGGAACAUAACUACAGGCUAGAUCAGCCUGGACAGCAAGGGUCUGCCUUGGGUAAACUGCUGCGAGGAAUGUCUCGCCCAACUGGCUAUAAACCUUUUGUGAUAUUGACUUCAAUCUUCGCCUUUCAACAAUUUGCUGGCAUUUACAUCACCAUCUUUUAUGCUGUUACUUUCUUUGAGGACAUGGGUGCCACUAUUAACCCCUACAUCUGCUCAAUUGGUAUAGGUGUAGUGAGACUUGUGUUUGGACUGAUUACUUCCCUUCUGCUUGGGAGAUUUGGCCGAAGGCCACUCUACAUGCUGAGUGGAGCAGGAAUGGCUGUCUCCAUGUUUAUCGCAGGGUACAUCACCAAGGAAGUGGAAGAAGGAAAUGCGGAGCCCAGUGUAAUCCCUGUGAUGUGUGUCUUGGUAUACAUGGUAUUGGGAGUCAUCGGUCUACUGAGCAUCCCGUGGACCAUGACGGCAGAACUAUUUGCCAUUGACAUCCGAGGAUUAGCCCAAGGUCUCAUCCUCUCAUUGGCCAACCUAAUUAUGUUUUUCUCCCUGAAGAUAUUCCCGUUCCUCACUGAUUUCGUAGGCGGUGUGUACGCAGUCCAGUGGCUGUUUGCUGGGUUUUCCUUGGGUUCUGUGGUCUUCAUAUUCUUGUUCCUCCCUGAGACCCACAGAAAGGAGCUGGCUGAAAUCCAAGACUAUUUCAUUCACAAUACAGUAUACGUGUUGAGUAAAAAGAAAGAAAAGGUUGCAAAAGUUACAGAAGAACUGGGGGAAGAAAUGGUUAAACUGAAUGACAAGGAAGAUAACGUUGAUUUUAAUUUUAGGUUAACUAUGGAAGAAGUAAGUCCAAGUAAAGUUUCGCUGCGAGUAAGCAGUGCUGGGAGGCCGAGCAGAAUGUCUUCUGUCGUCAGCCUGUACACAUAUCCUCAAGGUGUGAGCAAGUUCAGUAUGGCACCUGAUCUUCCCUCAGUUUUUGAAGAAAUCAGAUUCACUCUUGAGGAAGAAGAUACAUUUGCUUCUGUAUGGCCUCAGAUACUUGCUUGUUUAUGUGCUGCAUCAUACCACAUUGCAAAUGGUUUUAUACUAGGGUUCUCUGCCAUUUUGAUUCCUCAAAUUGAGGCUGUUGGUUCAGAAAUACAUUUCAACAAACAUGAAAUUUCAUGGAUAACUAGUGUGGUACCUCUGGUGAUCCCUGUGGCAUCUCUGAUAACCGGAUUCAUGGUGGACAGGAUUGGGCGUCUUCAUACUAUCAGGUUCGCCACCAUACCCAAUACUGUGGGCUGGCUUUUCUUAGCCACCGCCAACAACUUUCCAUUACUCAUGGUUGGCCGAGUGCUGACAGGAUUUUCUGUAGCAAUGGGAAGCAAUCCUGCGUUUAUAUACAUUACAGAAGUGGCCAGAUCAGACCUAAGAGGAGCUCUUCUGAGUAUGAUUAUUUUUUAUGCUGGUCUCGGGUUGUUACUCAUGUACAUAAUGGGUGCGUUGCUACACUGGCGUACUGUGGCCUGGGUAUCCUUAUCCUAUUGUGUGGUACCCAAUUUACUUAUGUGGCGAUGGGCUGUGGAGAGCCCCAUCUGGCUCUUGUCCAAGAACAGACUGGGGGAUGCUGAGAAGGCUGUAUCUUAUUUGCAGAGAAAUAACAAAGAGCCAGACUUUGUGGAGCAAUACAUAUAUGAGAUGACCCAAGAACUUGAUUUCAGACUGGAUCAAUCAGAGCAGCAAUCUUCAGCAAUCUGCAAGUUGUUUCAAGGCUUAGCAAAACCUACUGGUUAUAAACCUUUGAUCAUUUUGACCACAGUCUUUGCUUUACAACAGUAUUGUGGCACGUACAUAACUCUCUUCUAUGCUGUCUCAUUCGUUUCGGAAAUGGGAAGCAAUGUUGAUCCGUUUAUCGGUACCAUCGGAUUAGGAGUUGUGAGACUGGUGUUCUCACUAAUUACCGCUCUUUUGAUGGGUAAGUUUGGCCGAAGACCACUUUGUAUGGUGAGUGGCAUGGGAAUGGCUGUCUCCAUGUUUGCUUCAGGAUACUUCGCUAAGGAGGUGGCUGCAGGAAAUUUGGAGCCCUCUAUAUUACCUAUGGUGACGCUGUUGAUUUAUAUGACUCUAGGAGUCGUCGGUCUGCUAACCAUCCCUUGGACGAUGACAGCUGAGCUGUUCAGCCUUGACAUCCGUGGAAUGGCACAAGGCCUGUGCAUCUCCAUGGCCAACAUCCUCAUGUUCUCUGCCCUUAAGAUUUACCCAUUCCUCACAGACUUUUUGGGUGGGAUGUAUGCAGUGCACUGGUUCUUCGCAGUGUUCUCCUUAGUUACAGUUGUGUUUGUCUUCUUAUUCCUUCCUGAAACCCAUAAGAAGACACUGUCUGAAAUCCAAGAGUACUUUAGGUACAAUACUAUUUAUGUUUUGAGAAGAAAAGACGAUGAUUAAGAAUAGAGAUGGGAGUAUGGAUAAUGAUCUAAAAUAAUAAAUAACACAUAAUUGGUUGGAAAUAUUGAAUCGGUUAGUUUAUUACAGUGUAAGAGACGAUUUUUAUUAUUGUUUUCAGAGCUAAGAAUAGAUUUCCUAUUAUAAAAUAAGUAAAUUGUAUGCUACAAACAAUCUAAUUAGUUUUAUAUAAUUUCAUAUUAUAUAGAAUGGACAGAGUUUCUUAACUUAUGAGAACAAAAGUUAAAGCAGAGUAAAAGAACUUUCUAUCAAAACUGCAGACAUUUGUUUGCUACAAACUAAUUACAGUGGUGUCUUUUAUAAUGAUUAAUCAUUAAUCUGUGUAUAUUUUUAUUGACUGAUGUGUAUUUUCAUUUAGUUAUUAUCAGACAAAGAAAAAAUAUUAUCAGUAAUUAAAAUGUGCUAUAAAGUGUUCUUUCUUUAUUUUAACAGUGAUUAUUGUAUUAUUAACAAUAACUUUAAACUUAAAUUUUUUAAACUUCUUUCCUAGACUUCUGGUU